AUGUCUCUCGGGCUUGGCCAACAACAUCGGCUUACCCACAGUUUGGCCUCUGUUGGUUCCAGUGUCUGUCGGAUAUGUCACACCAACACCGUUAAGGAACCCCUUGUUUCUCCGUGCAGGUGCAAAGGAACAUUAGCCCACGUCCACUUAUCGUGCUUGGAAAAAUGGUUGAAUCAAUCCUGUCGAAGUUAUUGCGAAUUGUGUCACUAUCAAUAUAACGCCGUAGAAACGCUUCGUUACAACUGGCCCGAGUCAUUGAGAAUAUGGAUUACUCAUCCCCGUAAUCGACGAAACGUCCAAUCCGAUCUUCUAAUAUUUACCUUACUUACCGUCGUCAUGAUUGGUUUGAUAAUCGUAUGUCUUUGGGGUAUGCAUUACUUUAUUAUCGAAGGUAAGAAAAUUGGUAUUUCCAAGUUAUGGACAAGAGCAGUCAUAUGGCUUUUUCUCGGCAUCGUGAUAUUAGGUUACAUCAUGACGGUUUAUCUUCUCGGAAAGGUAAGUCCCAUUUUAUCCACGUACUUUAUAACUUUAACGAAAGGUCCAUCUUAUAAUUUUACCACGUUGAGAGACUGAAAGUUCAUUUUUUUUUUCUUUUUUCCUAUCUCUUGAAUAACUUGCAAGACUACG